AUGGUGCCCACAUCUCGCCGCAUGGUUGCGCCCGUCCUCCUCUUCCUGCUGAUCCUACUCGUCGUCGCAUCAGAGACGGGGACGGCGAGGGUGGCGGAGGCGAGGCACUGCGUGUCGCAGAGCCACAGGUUCGUGGGCGCGUGCAUGAGGAAGAGCAACUGCGAGCACGUCUGCAUCACCGAGGGCUUCCCGUGGGGGGAGUGCAGGUUCCACGGCGUCGAGCGCAAGUGCUUCUGCAAGAAGCGCUGCUAG